GUGUCGAGUUAUAGAAGAACCACAGGCCCCAGAAGCUCUCGCGUCACUCUUCCCCUCCCCUCCUGUAGUCGGAGUGCUGUUUUUGUUGGUGGUGAAAGGUGAGGGGAACAGCUGAUCCGUCUGUGGGGACAUCAGGCAUCUUGAGGACAGCCUUGAUGGAAGAGUCAUCACUAAGCCGGGCACCAUCCCGGUGUGGAGUCAACUUCCUGAAUGUGGCCCGGACCUACAUCCCCAACACCAAGGUGGAAUGUCACUAUACUCUGCCUCCAGGCACCAUGCCCAGUGCCAGUGACUGGAUUGGCAUUUUUAAGGUGGAAGCUGCCUGUGUUCGGGAUUAUCACACAUUUGUAUGGUCCUCAGUGCCAGAAAGUACAACUGAUGGCUCCCCCACCCACGCCAGUGUCCAAUUCCAAGCCAGCUACCUACCCAAACCAGGAGCCCAACUCUACCAGUUCCGGUAUGUGAACCGCCAGGGCCGGGUGUGUGGGCAGAGCCCCCCAUUCCAGUUCCGAGAGCCAAGGCCCAUGGAUGAGCUGGUGACCCUGGAGGAGGCUGAUGGAGGCUCUGACAUCCUGUUGGUUGUCCCUAAGGCUACCGUGCUUCAGAACCAGCUGGAUGAGAGCCAGCAGGAGCGGAAUGACCUGAUGCAGCUGAAGCUGCAGUUGGAGGAUCAGGUGACAGAGCUGAGGAGCCGAGUGCAGGAGCUGGAGGCAGCUCUGGCCACAGCCAGGCGGGAGCAUUCGGAGCUCACUGAGCAAUACAAGGGGCUCUCCCGGUCUCAUGGGGAGCUCUCAGAAGAGAGGGACAUCCUGAGCCAGCAGCAGGGAGAGCAUGUGGCCCGUAUCCUGGAGUUAGAGGAUGACAUCCAGACCAUGAGUGACAAAGUGCUGAUGAAGGAGGUGGAGCUGGACAGGGUUAGAGACACAGUGAAGGCCCUGACAAGGGAACAAGAAAAGCUCCUGAGACAACUGAAGGAAUUCCAGACAGACAAGGAGCAGCAUGAGGCUGAGUUACAAAUGGUCCGAGAGGAGAACUGCUGCUUAAAUACAGAGCUGCAGGAGGCCAAGGGCCGGCAAGAAGAGCAAGGUGCUCAGGUCCAACGGUUGAAGGACAAGUUGGCCCACAUGAAAGACACCCUGGGCCAAGCCCAGCAGAAAGUGGCCGAGCUGGAGCCCCUGAAAGAGCAGCUCCGAGGGGUCCAGGAACUUGCAGCCUCAAACCAACAGAAAGCGGCCCUUCUUGGGGAGGAGUUGGCCAGUGCAGCAGGAGCUAGAGACCGAACCAUAGCUGAGCUGCACCGCAGCCGACUGGAGGUAGCUGAAGUCAAUGGCCGACUGGCUGAGCUCAGCCUGCACGUGAAGGAGGAAAAGUGCCAAUGGAACAAGGAACGGGCAGGGCUGUUGCAGAGCAUGGAGGCUGAGAAGGAUAAGAUCCUGAAGCUGAGUGCGGAGAUUCUCCGGCUGGAGAAGACAGUACAGGAGGAGAGGAGCCAGACCCACACACUCAAGACUGAGCUGGCCCGAGAAAAGGAUUCUAGCCUGGUGCAGUUGUCAGAGAGUAAGCGGGAGCUCACAGAGCUUCGGUCAGCCCUCCGUGUGCUUCAGAAGGAGAAAGAGCAGUUGCAGACAGAGAAACAGGAACUGCUGGAGUACAUGAGGAAGCUGGAGGCCCGCCUGGAGAAGGUGGCAGAUGAGAAGUGGACGGAAGAUGCUGCCACAGAAGACGAGGAAGCCAGUGCUGGGCUGAGCUGCCCUGCAGCUCUGACAGACUCAGAGGAUGAGUCCCCAGAAGACAUGCGGCUCCCAUCCUAUGGCUUGUGUGAGCGUGGAAACACAAGCUCCUCUCCUCCUGGGCCUCAGGAGGCUUCUUCUCUUGUUGUCAUCAACCAGCCAGCACCCAUUGCUCCCCAGCUCUCAGGGCCAGGGGAGGCCAGCAGCUCAGACUCAGAGGCUGAAGAUGAGAAGUCAGUCUUGAUGGCAGCUGUGCAGAGUGGGGGUGAGGAAGCCAACCUCCUACUUCCUGAGCUCGGCAGUGCCUUCUAUGACGUGGCCAGUGCCUUUACAGUGAGUUCCCUGUCAGAGGCCAGCACUGGGGUCCCAGCCAACCCACCAUGGAAGGAAUGUCCCAUCUGCAAGGAGCGCUUCCCUGCUGAGAGUGACAAGGAUGCCCUGGAGGGUCACAUGGAUGGACAUUUCUUUUUCAGCACCCAGGACCCUUUCACCUUUGAGUGAUCUCACCUCUCCCUCAUAUGUACACACACACACACACACACACACACACACACACACACACAGACAUAUAUGCAGAUAUGCAGUUUGGUCUCAUGCUUUUUUUUUUUUUAAAUCACACCGAGCUUUAUAAUGUUGUUCCUAUAGACUAUAGACCAUGCCUGCAUCCUGCUUUCAUCCCAAGCCUUACAACUCCAUCUUCCAUCCUGACGUCUUUGUCCCAAGCAGCAAUCUGUCUUGGAAGCAGUGGUUGAGUUUACUUUUCUCAAAAAUAGUUUAGAGGAACCAGGAUGGAGAUGGCUUUCCCUUGUGGGAAUAGGAUUACUUACUGCUAACUCAAGUGCACACACACAACACACACGCACACACCACUCCUUUCUGAUGCCCCAAAGCCAACUCCUGGGGUACCCUACUCUCUCUUGUUCAGAAUUUGUUUGUUUAUUCAAGUUUUCUCUGGGGCCUGCAUGGAGGUGGCAGCAUGGGUUUCAUGACCUCAUCAGGUCUUUCGGUUCUUGGCUACCCAGGUUCUUUCUGUCACCCACCCCAGCCUUUCCUACAGCCUUAGGCCAUAAGUUUGAAAGAUUCUUUUGUAUUUUUAAGGGUUCCUAUACCAUCUCCUGCCACCCCACACUGAAGUCUUCAAACAGAAAAGAAAAUGUAUUUGUGCCUUCCAUGAGGGAUAGGGGGACAAGGGAUCCCAGGUGUCCCCAUUUCCCAUUCCUUCACCCUCUCCAGGCCCCCCACAGCAAUAAGAACUUUCGCUCUCCCUUAAACUCCUCUCUUAUUUGUAGUUUGGACAAAUAUAUUUAUAUAUGUAUAACUUGU